GUAAACAGCAGAAGAAAAAAAACGAAAAUAAACGUGGUUGCUUUCUUGUUUCACUAUAAUUUUUACCGUGAUAAAAGUUGGAAUCAGUCGAAUGCAAAAAGUACAAUAAAAUGAAUAUUGAUCUUUUCAUAUCUACCGCCAAAGUCUUAAAGAAGGCAUCAAAGAAAGAAGCGUCAUUGAAAACAUUGAUUUAUGAAUCUCAAUAUGAGGUGUGUUACUCCGGCCGUUGCCGAAUAAAGUUAGUUUUAGUUAGUAUAAUUAUAAUACUAAGUUUUAGUUUAUUUAGUAUUUAGUUUUAGUACGCAUUAGCCUUACGACUUACGAGGUAGACUAAGAAUCUAAGAUGGUACCAUCUAAGAUUACUACCAUUUACUUACUAAUUUACUACGGCACUUUUAAUUAACUGACUAGGCUGCAUCAAGUCUAAGCUAGCAUACCUACUUAGUACUUAGGCCUAUUAGAUUAGUACUAGUACUAUAGUUAUAGUCUAUAGUGUUAGCAAUGAGGAGCAUUUUAUUUUUUUAUGGCUUGGAGACACACAAUGCAGUACAGGCAUCAGUCAGUUCUGAAUUUCAGUCAGAGUGUCACGCUCUCUGGUUUCCCCCACUCUCUUACUCUAAACUGCUACGACUAGUCUACAGAGUAAGUAGUUUGUCAACUAUUUUAUUUAAUGAAUUCAGGGUAACUUAACCACGUCAGUGUCGGUUAUGAAAAAAAUCUUGUUUUUCAGGCUGAAGUGCUGCUAUAAUUUAUUUAAAAGCUUAGGUCCUAUUCUUUUAUUUAUUGACAAUAAUCUUUUAUUUUUAUUGAUUCAAUUAAUUCAAAUAAAAUAGAUGAAAUGUUUUUAUGUAUUUAUGAUAGGCUAUAUUUAUUUUAUUUCAGCACAUAAUAUACUGUGACAUACGUAAAUAAUCCAAGGCAACAUUUUUAAAAUAUUAAAAUUUAAACAAUUUUUUAAAAAUUUUGUGGCAAAUUUACUCAAUUUAGGGAAAAGAUCGCAGCUUAAGCCAAAAUGCCUUUUUGGUUUGUGCUUAUGGCUCAUCAACAUGUUGUGAACGUUAUGUAUGUGUUUGGCAUUUGGAUCAGCACAAUUUUGUAGAUAGAACACAAGUAUUCCUAGAUUCCAUGUCUAAUCUGGUAUAUGUUAGCUUAAGACUCCCAUCUGUCCCAUCAUCAUAGUGCCCAUACAAUACGUAAGCCUGUAAUAUUUCUCAUCUUUGCAUUCCUGUAACGUGAUCGCACAUUGAUCUGGCAUUUGAACAAUAAAACAAUGCCCACUCUCUAUUUAUAUGCCACUGAAAACCCAGUCACCCUCUUUCUCCUCUGUACUUUUAACUGACAUCAAUAAAAGAAUAAUAGUUUAAUGGCACUCCAAACCAGAACAACAGGAUUUCUUCAUAAUCGAUGCUCAAGUAGUAGAUUACCGAAUUUAUUUCUCGUUUUUGACAGGACUAUGACUAUAAAUCACUUCGUUUAUGUACCGGUAAUAAUAAUAAUAAUGAAGUUCAUUUGAAAAUCACGCUUGAAGCCCUGUACAUUGAAUUAAAAGAGAAAUGAAACAAGCUAUAAUUUACCACAUUGAAAUACAAAACGCAACAUUACAAAAACUACUUACAUGCAAACCCAAAGUCUUUCAUUCCUUGCAACCAUAAACAACACAGGCCAAUUCACAUCUAUGAGAUAAUAGCUAGCUGGAAAAGAUGGUCGACAAAAUCACCCCAGCAGGUGUUUGCGAAAUAGAUGUGUUUUCACAUCGGUUUUGAAAGACUCCAGUGUCUGGCUGUUUCUGAGAGCGACAUGAAGGGUGCUUCAAAGUGUUGGGCCAGCAAAUGCGAAAGUGCGCCUUCCGUAAGUCUCUAGGCGAAAAUGUGGUAUCGAGAGUUUACCACUUUUGGAUGAGCGGAGUUGUCUAAUGGGUACAUAAGGCAUCAUGAGCACUUUGAGACAGGACGGUGCCAGGUCAUGCAGCAGCGGUAGCACAGAGUUGCAGUUUUGUACUAAGAUGUUCAUAUUCAUACUUAAACUGAAACCGUUUCAGUUGGUCAUGUUCAUGUUUGUUAAUGUGUUGUGCCAUCUGUCGUAUAAUUCAUAGUGCUUUUUUGUAAUUGUAGAGCCAGGGUCCUAAGCCUAAAUGUUGAUGAAUGUUGUCUUGAAUAGUCUUGACUGAUAAAAAAUUGAAAACGUAAACUUUGCUGGUGUCGAGUUGUUCCUGUUGAUUGAAAAUGUACUGUUAAGUACGGUGGAUGGAUAAUUGCCAUUGGAGUUCAUUAAAUCAGAUUACAUUACUAGUGAGAAUCACAUAAUAGUAGCAGGGAUUUAUAAUAUUCUGUGCAAAUUGCAUUUGGGAUCAGCCUAAAUUUAAUCAGGAAGACAGGUGAUUAUGUUGUUUUUUAAAAAAAGUGGUUUUUGAAUCUCAUGUGGGUAGUAUUUGGCAUUGAAGUCAGAUUAAUUUUUAUGGAUUAGCCAAAACAGCAUGAUGUAAUUUAUGGAUGACUCCUUCUGAGGCUUAAUUGUAUUCUUACAUUAGUCUAGGACUAGAGUACUAAUAAUAAUACUGAUUAAUUUUAUUAUACUAUACCUAACACAGACCUGUUUACUCUUACGAUUUUGGCGUACAAUGUACGAUUUUGAGGUGUAUACAUUAUAUAUACAGCACGUUUUUGCUCUAUAAAGAUAAUGUAUUGAACGAUUAUAUGAUGAUAUUGUACGAUUUUAAGGGUUUGAGGGUAAACAGGUCUGCUAACAUCAUAUUACUAUUUGUAAUUAUUUCUGUCAUUGAUAGCAAAAAAAUCUAACAAGGACAAGAGUAGAGUAAAAGUAUAGUAAUUUAUUUUAGCCUAGAAUUCACUUAGUCUUGCAAUUGUAUUUACUCACCAUUUUAAUUAGAGCCUGGGCCUGGGUUUUCUAAAAAGUAAUAAUCUUGCCAUGAAAGACAAUGCAUAAAUCGAAAACUACUAGGAAAAGAAAGAGUUUGUUAAAAGACAACUUGCCCCUGGGGACAGUGCACUGAGUUAAAAUGUCUAAACUUCUAGGAGCACUAAAAAGUAAUGAAAUUAAAUUAUCUCUCUUAGCACAUCAUUUGCUUGCUUUUAGCUCCCAGCGAUUUAGAGAAUCUCAAAGGUCUUGACUUUGAUGAAAAUGUGUAUUUUUUUUUUUAUGGACCAUUACCAAAGUUAAGCUUGUAUAAAUUAAUUGUAAUUGAUAUGCUAAUCAGCAUACUAAAUGUAGGGACUACCUAAGCGUUAUUUGGUAUUAAUAAAAAGCUUUUGUAAUUUGUAUUAAUUUCUUACAAUUUCUUAGCCAAUUUCUCAGCUUUUUGCUUUGGUGAACGAAAUAUUAAAGUACAGAGACUUACUUGAAGAAAUACUAUCUCACUGUCCUAAUAAUGGCUUCAUGGAGGAAGAAAUUAUCAAGGGGGAUAAACAAAUGGCUAUAGCUCUUACCUAUGAACAGUUACUUGGACGAAAGUUUGGAAGAAAUGUCGGGUUACGAGUGAGUUUUUGAAAACUUUUUAUUUGUUACCCAGUACUUUAAAAGAAAAGAAGUAUGAAAAAUGAAUUAAUUUUAUGUAGACAUAGUUUAGUUAUUACUAAAAAUACAUUUUAAAUUAUCUUUUUUUAAAUAUUGCAACAGCCUUUAAAACCCUAUGUAACAAAUAAAUUGAUUAAUUAGGGUUAAAUUAAUUGAAAUUAAUUAAUAAUUCCAAGACCAGAACUAAACAAAGAUGAUUAUUGUUUUACUAUGCUACUUCUGCUACUUUUUUUUUUAAUAAAGAAAAUGGUACUUUAAGAAACGUACUGGUACUUAUUUAAGUUGAUCGACCCCCCCCCCCCCCCCCCCUUUUGUCUUCUUUUAUAAACCUCAACUUACUUAUACAAGUAUUUUAAGUGUUAAGAGUAAUAAUCCUAUUUUGUCUUUUUAAAUGUUUCUAAAUCAUUACCAUAUCACAUGUGCUUAAUAUUAUUAAAAUAAUAAAGGGUACAUUUGUUCACCAUCAUCAUAUUUGUCUAUCUAUGCAAGAAAUGUAUGCUCAAAUACAGAGGAGACUUAAGGGCAGCUGUUGAAAAAGUGGUUAAAGCACAUAAUGUCAAAACUCUUCGUGAUAUCAUUAAAUCUGAGUCUACAACAACGGAAGUUGGUGAGUAAUUUCUAUAAGAUCUGAAUACCUUUUGUAAAUUUCCCCAUUAGUGCUCAAGUCUGUGGUCAGGUUUAAUAUGUGACAAGUUUUAUAGAUAAUGGAUGAAAGUUAUAAAAUGCAGGCAUAUGCUUAAUAUGAUUUUAAAAGAGAUAUUUCAUGACUUAAUGUUUGAAGAUAUAUAUUAGGACCUUGAUGUAAGAUUUAUGUAAGAUUUUAGGAUUUUAGAGGAUGUAUAUUAUGCCCAUACUAAUUCUAUGUUUACAAACUUAUUCAUUUUGAAUAUUUCAUGUGAUGAGAAUUAAAUCACUAACAAACGAACAAAAAAAUAAUAAGAGCAAAACCAUUUUUGUGUGGGUGCUAUAACUUUUGUUUAAAUAACAUUUACCUCACACAUUCCCCAGUAAUACCACGUUAUAUGCGGGUGAAUUUUAUAAAGACAACCACAGAAGAUGUCAUUAAAGAACUCCAAACAGAAGGUUGGGAAUAUGUGGGGAAAAUUGAGAUCGAAAGGUAUAAGUAUAAGUAAUUAAAAUUGUAUUUUUUAGGAUCAAUAUUUCAGCCAUAAUUACCGUACUUUUAAAUCAUGCAUAAAGAAAUGUUGGAGUUUAAAAGAUAUGGUUUCUAUAUCCUACUUAAUUUUUAAAAAUUAGUGUGCACGUGACAGCAUUCUUUUUAUAAUUCUACAAUAUUAAUAUUUAUAGAUUUAAAAAGGGUUUUUUGAGGUAAAGGAAAAGCAAGUGACAUGAAUUUCUUCAUUCCUCAUAAAUAACUGCUUUUCUCCUCUGAUGUCCAGUGACAAGUUGGCUGCCUCAUUAGGUUAAUUAUAUCACGCCCAUUUCAAUGUAAACUUUUGUUUUAUAAGUUUAAAUAUGAAUUGAAAAUUAUAAAAAUCUCACGUGUCCCUUGUGUCUAUCCCCUACAGUUUUAAAGAAAGUGUGUUGGCCCUCACAAAAAAUCAGUUUGGACUUGAUCCCAUCUUAAAUGACCUGCUUGUUUUUCCAGUUGGCACUAAUCUUUACAAUCACAAUCUGACAGUAUCUGGGGUGUUGAUUCAGCAAGAUAAGGUACCGUAAUCUUUGCUCAAAAGCUCGCCUUGUGUUUUAUUUCCUCUUUAAAUUCAUUUUAUUUUAAUGUGUUUCUUUAUUUUUUUUAAUUGUGUUUGUUAAAAGCCUAUUUUAUUUUUUCUAAAUUUAUCACAGUAUAAUAAAUAUACAAUGGUGUCAUACUUUUAUGAGAACAUCAAUUUCAGUUUCAUGUAGUAAAAAUGAGACUGGGCACCAAAAAAAAAUUGUUUCCCAUUUUCCCCUACCGUAAGUAAAUGUAAUCAAACAUCAAUCAACGUAAGUGUUUGAAGAGUGCUGUACAACUAUUUAUUUGAAUUCAUAGGUAUUUUUAAAAAAAGAUAUGUUAACAUAACUUUUUAAAAUACAAUACCUCAGAGUCUUACACAAUAGUUCUAGUGAAAUGUACUUGUUGGAAGCAGUACGAAUUUAUGUCUUUUUAUUGAAGUUUUAAUGUAGAAGUCAUAGGCCCUAUAGAUAUUUUAUGGUUUUUAAACUAGUGCUUAUUAUUGAAAUAUUUUUAUACUUUGUUCCAUUUAUUUUUUGAUGAUGAGUCUUUCAUGGCUCUAUCUCUUUACUUUCUUUAUUCUUGCAAAAAGAAUAUUUUUACAAUUCAAAAGGCCUUUGACUAUUGAUGUGCUUUCCUUGUACACAUCUACAGGCCAGUUGUAUUCCAGCCCAUGUAUUAAGCCCCCUGGCUGGUUCUGUGGUCUUAGAUUGUUGUGCAUCUCCUGGAAAUAAGACCAGCCACCUUGCAAGUCUCAUGAAAGACAAGGGGUUAGUCAGACAUUAUUGACUUUGUUGCUAUUUUUUUUUUAAAAAGAUAGGGCUACUUUUAUUAAAUCUCUUUCACAAAAUAAAAAUCGAUUGUCAUCAGAAAGUAUAGUGAGCCAAAGUCAUCUUUCAGUAGUCAUUAAAAUAAUUAGAGCAAGCUUAUUCACUUGAAUCACCUUGCUAAAGGUUUUCUCCUGCAUUUUGCAACUUCUUAUAAACUAUAAUUCUUUUGUAAAACAACUGCACUUCCUGAGGAUCAGAUCAAGAAAGAUCUGUUUCACUAUGAAGCCUGAAAUCAUCAGUGUCUCAAAAUGCCUAAACAGUUUUAAAAAAUAUAUAUAUAUUUUUUUAUCCAGGCGGAUUGUAGCCGUAGAUCGAGACUUCAAAAGGAUGUCAACAAUGUCAAGAUUGCUUGAAAGAAGUGGAGUCACUUGUGUUGAGCUGGUUCAUCAGGAUUUUCUCACUGUGCAGCCCAGUUCUGAAGAUGCCAAGAAUAUUACCAUGAUAUUGGUUGAUCCAUCUUGUAGUGGUUCAGGUAGAGUUCAUUGUACAACUUUCAAAUAACGUUAUCAAUGGUUAUAAAAUGAAUAGUUUGAUAUGAUCCUAAUAACAUAAGAAUUUUAAGAAGCAGAUAUAUUUCUACAUUAUUGUCAUAGUUCAAAUUUAUAUUUUUAGGAAGGAUGGGCACUCAACAGGGAAAGGAUGAUUACAGCACCGACAAGAAAAGACUGGAAACUCUGAAACUGUUUCAGAUCUCCAUACUUAAACAUGCAUUUCGUUUUCCAAAUGUGAAACGAGUGGUUUACUCUACCUGCUCUGUCCACGAAGAAGAAAAUGAGCAGGUGGUGGAAGAGAUACUUUCCCAUGUAUCGGAUUACUUCAAGUGCGUGCACAUUUUUCCAGAAUGGGCGUGCCAUCGAGGCAUAGCAGGUUACCCGCACUCUGAAUGUUUUUUAAGACUUUCGCCAGAACAUGAUCUGACCCAAGGAUUUUUUGUUGCUUGUUUUGAACGCGUGAAGGAAAUGUCAGAUAAGGUCGGUAAGAUCAGAGACAGUGAGAAAAAUUGUCAUGAAGGUGAUGCAUUGUCCACUGGGAAAGAACAAGUUAACGAUUGUGCACAACCUGACAAUGGUGCUCCUUCAGAUGACACACGGCCAAAAGAGAAAAGGAAACACAGGAAAGAUAAGAGAAAACGGAAAGAUUCUGAAUCUUUAAACUCUAAAGACCCAACUGAACACAUGAAGGUCUGUGACAACGAUGGAGUAACUCUAAGCAGCAGGAAAAAGCUGAAGAAGGAAACAGAGUUGCUACAUUCCACCAAUGAAGAAAUCGCAAAGGAAGGGGUUAGAAGCCAAAAGAAGAAAAAAUCUAAAAAGGACAAAAAAAGAACCAACGAUGAUGCUGAUAGCUUAACAUCACCCAUGAAAUCUAAGAAUAAAUAUAAAAUAGUUGCAGGAGAGGAUGACUGUUCCCUUACAAUGGAAGAUUCAAGAAUACCAGGAUCUGAGUCUGAAGAAAAUGUAAGUUCAGAGAAUGUGACUGCUAAAAAGAAAAAAAAGAAAAGGGAUAAAGAAAAAGAAGCAUCUUUAGAAGCCAUAGAAUCCUACAUUUGUGCUAAAGGGGAUAACUCAACUCCUCAUCGCAAGAAAAAUAAGAGUCAUGAAAAUAAAGAUGCUACAAAUGAUGACACACAUAUCUCUAGUAGGUCUCCCAAGACAAUUGUGUCGAGUAUGGACAAUGAUGAGCAUCCUAAUACACAGGCUACUUCAGAAGUGCAUAAUAAUGGCACCAGUGAUCCAGAUGGUGAAUUGAAGAAAAAACGAAAGAAGAAAAAGAAAAGCAAAGAUUGAUUCAAAUCUCUCAUGAAAUUGUUAUACUUGUUUUUUGUUUAUGAAAUAAAUUAAUUAAAUGGCAGUACAACGCC